CUCUCCUCUCCGUCUCUCGUCCUCUCUGCUGCCGCCGCGCGCCGCUCACUUUCCCUCACAUCGCUUCCGAGGCUCGCGGAGGAGGACGGACCAACGGCGCUCACUGACGGUUUACCGGAUUUCUGUUGGCCGGAGAAGGGAGGGAUGCUCCGGUGAUUUCUCCUCCAACCUCCCGCUGCUGCUGCGUCUCUUUCCCCGGAUUCUUACCAAGACGCGCGGCGGCUGUCCUUCCGUCCGUCCGUCCGUCUGUCAGCUGUUUGGUUUUUCCCCUGAUAUUUAUUUUUAUUUUUUAAGCCUUCAGAGAAAACAAACCGGGUGUAAAUCCGUGGAUGUGUUGAAGUGACUGUCUCCGCCGGGCUUGUAUGAUUUUGGGGGGAUUUCCUUGGAGAGCAGGACUGCGCACGGAGUCUCCAGACUGAAGGCUGAUCUGUGUCGCCGUGCAGGAAGUGAAACCUUCAGAAUAAAAGCCCAGUGAUGAGCUAAAGGCUCUCUGAUUGGCUGAAAACACCUGAGAGGGAAGCAGAGCUGCAGCGACGGCGGUCGGUGAUGAGAAUCAGGCAGUAGCAGUUGGUCAGCUCGUUUGGUAGAAACCGGCAGAGAGAGGAACCAGGACUGAAGUCGGGAUGGUGGCGGUGAAGCUGCUCCGGGCCUUCAUGGUGCUGCUGGGAAUCUCAGCUCUGUGCAGCGGAACGACGGGAACCCGGAGAGGAAGCGCUGCUCUGGACCAGAGAGGCCACAGACACAAACACCCAGGUCACCUGUCGCUGCACAGACACCGGCAGCAUUCGGGGAAGGAAGGCCAGGUGCUGCACCGCUCCAAGAGAGGCUGGGUCUGGAACCAGUUCUUCGUCAUCGAGGAGUACACCGGACCAGACCCGGUCCUGGUGGGCAGGCUCCACUCGGACGUGGACCUGGGCGACGGGAACAUCAAGUACAUCCUCUCUGGAGAAGGCGCCGGAACCAUCUUUGUGAUCGACGAUAAGACGGGGAACAUCCACGCCACCAAGACGCUGGACCGCGAGGAGCAGGCCCAGUACACUCUGACAGCGCAGGCCGUGGCCAGAGACACCAACAAGCCUCUGGAGCCGCCGUCAGAGUUCAUCGUCAAGGUUCAGGACAUCAACGACAAUCCUCCAGAGUUCCUGCACGGACCGUACUACGCCAGGGUGCCCGAGAUGUCCAACGUCGGUACGUCGGUGAUGCAGGUGACGGCGACGGACGCCGACGAUCCGACGUACGGAAACAGCGCCCGGCUGGUUUACAGCAUCCUGCAGGGACAACCAUACUUCUCUGUGGAGCCGCAGACAGGGAUCAUCAGAACCGCUCUGCCCAACAUGGACCGAGAGGCCCGGCAGGAAUACGACGUGGUGAUCCAGGCCAAGGACAUGGGAGGACACAUGGGGGGUCUGUCUGGGACCACCGAGGUCAAAAUAACGCUCACCGACGUCAACGACAACCCGCCCAAGUUCCCUCAGAGUGUGUACCCCAUGUCGGUGUCUGAAGAUAAGGUUCCAGGUGAGGAGGUGGGCCGGCUGAAGGCCAAAGACCCCGACCUGGGAGACAACGGCCUGGUGAACUACCGGCUGGUGGACGGAGACGGGAUGGGAAUGUUCGAGCUGACCACCGACUCGGAGACCAGAGAGGCUGUGAUCAAACUCAAGAAGCCGGUGGACUUUGAGACUAAAAGGUCGUACACCCUGAAGGUGGAGGGAUCCAACCCCCACGUCGACCCUCAGUUCCUGGCCUGGGGGCCGUACAAGGACGAAGCCACCAUUAAGAUCUCGGUGGAGGACGCAGACGAGCCUCCGGUGUUCGUCGCUCCCAGCUACACGUUUGAAGUCGAGGAAAACGCGCCGCAAGGAACUCCGGUGGGUCGAGUUCACGCCAAGGACACGGACGUCGCCAACAACCCCGUCAGGUACAUGAUCCCUCGCUACACCGACGUGGAAGAGUUCUUCAGCAUCAACUCGGAGGACGGGAUGAUCACCACGACUCGACCGCUGGACAGAGAGGCUAAGGCCUGGCACAACAUCUCAGUGUCGGCCACGGAGAUCGGAGGUCACCACCAGGACACCAAAGUACGCGUCAACAUCCGGGUCAAAGACGUCAACGACAACCCGCCGGAGUUCGCCGCCAACAACGAGAUCCUGAUGUGUGAGAGCGUCCCUCUGGGGAAGCUCAUCGAGACGGUGAGCGCCGUGGACAAAGACGAGAGGACCCACCGGCAGCACUUCACCUUCAGCCUCGCUCCGGAAGUCGCCCACAACCAGAACUUCUCCCUCAAAGACAACCGAGACAGCACGGCCAGCGUCUACGUUCUCCGUAAGGGCUUCAGCCGGCUGACGCAGGACGUCUACUACCUUCCCGUGGAGAUCAACGACAACGGCUUCCCGGCGCUGAGCAGCACCAACACCCUGACCAUCCGGGUGUGUUCCUGCGACAGCAAAGAAACCAUCCUGUCCUGCAACGUGGAGCCCUACGUCCUGCCGGCUGGCCUCAGCACCGGAGCUCUGAUCGCCAUCCUGGCCUGCAUCGUCAUCCUGCUGGCGAUAGUGGUGUUGUUUGUGGCACUGAGGCGUCAGAAGAAGGAGCCGCUGAUAGUGUUUGAGGAGGAGGACAUCAGGGAGAACAUAAUCACUUAUGAUGACGAGGGAGGCGGCGAGGAGGACACCGAGGCUUUCGACAUCGCAACGCUGCAGAACCCCGACGGUGCCAACGGGUUCCUGCCCAGGAAGGACAUCAAGCCAGAGCUCCAGUAUCCCAUCAGGCCCGGUGACCGUCCCGCGGCCAACAGCGUCGACGUCGACGACUUCAUCAAGACCCGGAUCGCAGAGGCCGACAGCGACCCGACGGCGCCGCCCUACGACUCCAUCCAGAUCUACGGCUACGAGGGCCGGGGGUCGCUGGCCGGGUCGCUGAGCUCCCUGGAGUCCGUCACCACGGAGUCGGACCUGGACUACGACUACCUGCAGAGCUGGGGGCCGCGCUUCAAGAAGCUGGCCGAUCUGUACGGGACCAAAGACUGCUGCAUGAACGACGUGGACGAUGGCGAGGACUCCUAACGGCGGUCCCACUGCGGACGCCAAACCCGGUCCAACUCCACGAGGAUCUGUUGGUCACCGAACAGCCUCCUCCUGCUCCUCCAAGACGAUUUGACUCAUGAUGAACGCUUGGACUCUUCCUCUUCCUCCUCCUCCUCCUCCUGCUCCUCCUCCUCCGUCUCGUUCCUUCUCUCCGGUUCCACAGACUCGAGCAUCGCCGGGCUGGAGAUUAGUCACUAGUUUGUCCGUUUGGUUGAUGGAAAAGUUGUUGCUGUGUGAUCCAAAACGACUCGCUCAUAGCAAACUGUUUAGUCUAUUAGAGGUUCUAUACGCUUUUGUGGACUGGAUUCUUCCUCGGCACUUCCUGGGAGAGAUUUUAUUCCCUUUUGAGGUUCCUGAGCGGAGUAUUUCUACUUUUCUCUCCAAGAAAGAGAGAAAAUAUAGAAAAAGUUUGUAUGUGAAAAGAGAAACCUAAAGAAGUGUCCGUCGGGUCGAGCCGUUCGAACAGGAUGAUUUUUAGUCUGUUGUCGUCGUUGUUGUUAGACGCGUGACCGACUCUGGGUUGUUGAUGCUCUGAAGGCGCUCGCAGCCUCUUCACAGUAUGGUGGCCUUAUAAUAAAUAACCAACAACCCCAGGGGUGAACACGACGGGAGUGAGACGGCUAGCUCCAGUAGCCGACUGAGAAUCUGUGAAAACGCCACACCGACACCAACGUUCUGUUUUUUCUAAAAGACUCGACUCGAUUUGAAAACUGUGGAUGAUUCUUUGUUUUCAUUCUUCACUGCAGAGUGAAAAGAAAGCCGACAACACUUCCUCCCCUCCUCCGCCACCUCAUCCUCACCAACCCGUCCACCAAUGAAUGAUCACUUCCUCAUCUGGAGUCCACCAAUGACGAUCAAUCAGUAAAAGAAAACAAAACCUGUGAGCUCUAAAAAUCGCCUUAAACUUUAACGGACACUCUUUGCAAACGCGGUGCAUUCCCUUGUUUUUUUUCCUCCUUUUUUUCAUUUCCUUUUUUGUAACUUGAGACGUAUAUCCAGAAAGCAAACUACUCUCCAUGUUAGGUGUGUACAGAGCAGACGUGUGAUGUUCCACUGAGGAUCGCUGUUCAAACGUGUUCUAACGGCCACGUCUGUUGUAUCAACACGUGCUGCUUUUUCAACACGAGCUGAGUUUUCUGAGCGCCGUGCACGGAGGCCGACAGCGGGACGUCCUUUUUAAGAGUUCUUGGUUAAUCUCUUUUUUAAUGUUAUUAUAUUAUUAUGAUUAUUAUUGUUGUUUUCUAUUAUUAUUAUUAUUAUUAUUAUCAUUAUUAUGCCAAUAGUUCUUCUUUCAUUGGCUGCAGCGGCACAGGAACUGGUUCACGUUUAACUCUUUGCGGCUCACAUUUGCCUGAACAUGGAGAGACGACAUCAGGGGUGUCACAGCUAUCUGGAACUGAACCAUGCAGAAUUUUACUUAAUGAUCAAAAUGACAAAAGUCAGACAAAAAACAACAAAAACAAGAAAAGAAAAAUACAAAAAUGAGGCCCAAAAGGACAAAAGUGAGAAACAAAACGACCAAAAAAUGGACCAACAACACAAGCAAGACUAAAAGGAAACAUAAAAUGACAAAAUAAGACAAAGUAUUACAAAAACGAGACACAAACGUGAGAAACAAAAUGACCAACAAUGAGACAAACGACGCAAAACAAAACAAAAAAAUGGACAAACAUGAGAUGAAAAAUGACAAAACGACCAAAACGACCAAAAACUGGACAAACUACACAUGACAAAACGACAAAAACAUGACACAAAACGACAACAGUGAGAAACAGAACAACAAAAAAUGAGACAAACGACACAAAACAAAAAAAGACAAAAAAUUGACAAAGAAGUUACAAAGUGCCAAAAACCACAAGCGAGAUUUAAAAAACACAAAAUGACAAAAACAAGAAACAAAACAACAACAACAUGAGGCAUACGACAAGUCAGACAAAAAAAUGACAAAAAUAAGAGAAAAUAUUACAAAAAUGAAACACAAAAUGACAACAAAUUAGACAAAAGACACAAAACAGAACAAAAAAGCGACCAAAAAUUAGAAAGUUACAAAGCGACCAAAAAAUGGACAAACAGAAGCGAGACAAAAACGACACACACAACAAUGAAUAAAGCAAUAUGCAAAAUGGCAAAAAUAAGAGAAAAAAUACAAGGGAGAUACAAAGGAAAGACAAAAAACAACAAAAGCAAGACACAAUACUACAAAAACGAGACACAAAACCACACAAAAUGAGACAAAUGACACAAAACAAAACAAAAAAGAGACAAGAAAUUAGACAAAAAGUUAGAAAGUGACAAAAAAUGAACAAACGAGUCUAAAAAUGACAAAAGUGAGAAACAAAGCUACCAGAAACUGGACAAAAAUACAACACAUACAGAAAGGAAACACAAAAGGACAACAAUCUGACACAAACUGACAAAAGAACAAAGAACAAUCUAGUAUUUUACUUUCUGAUCCAAACAACUCGUCAUGGUCUAGAAAUGAUUUUAAAUUUAUAGUUUUACUAAUUUACAAUCUGCAGUUAAUGUCGUCUCUGUAAUUUUUACACUUUGAGGGCCGGUUUUGGCCUGCGGGCCUCAUGUUGGACACCCCUGGACUUCAGAGUAAUGGAGCUUCAUUUUGGGCAAUAAAUCUUCCGCCAAAAGUUAAACGUGAGCUCUGUGCGAACACAACCUCUGUCAUUUUUGGGUUUUUUGUUUGUUUGUUUUCUUCAUUAUUUGGCGUUUCUUCGUCGUUUCUCCCUGUUCCAGAGGAAAACUAGCAAUCUGUGUUUGUUGCAGUGAGAGAACGCCUCGUUUUUAUUCUCUGUCAAGUUUUAUGGUACCGAUUUGUACAAUUUUAAAAGUUCUUAUUUUAGUAUACAUGCAGAAUAUUCCAGUAUUACAACAAAAACAUGUUAAGAAAAUAAGAUUAAAAAAAGUUACAGCAUCACACUUAUAUUUUCUGAACAUUGUACUGUUGCUUUACUAUGUGCUUCAAUCUCCGAAGCGAAAAAAAACUUUGAAAUAAAUGCUCUUUUUAUAAAACAA